AUGGCUACCUCGCGUAGCACGGAAAAGGCAUCAAUGCGCCUGCAGAAUUUUACAGAAGCAAAAUCGCGAGCAAAGUCUACCAAGUACGUGGACUGGCAGGAUCGUCCAACGUCCAACAACAAGUUUCUUAUUGUGUCCAGCUUUUGGGGGCACAAAAACAACCCAUCGCCAAGGCCAAAUUAA